GCCUUUGUCAGUGACGUGACCGAAAUCGGUCGGUCACUCUGUCUGAGGUCACUUCCUUUCGGCCUUGAGCUAAGUAAGUCAGAUCCUAGGCCUUUCUCAAAGACCGAAAGAGAAACGAAUAGAUAACAUUCCAAAUCUCCGCAACUCGCCAUGAGUGAGCCCGAGUCGCGACGCUGGCUGGUGCUGUCAUGUAUGUUUUGGCUGGGCCUCAUGCAAGCAGUUGGCUGGGUGACCUACAGUGCCAAUCCGCAGAUCGCUUCUGAGUACUAUGGCUUUGAGAAUGCCAAGGCGUCCAUUGACAUGUUGCUGAAUUGGGGGCCCAUCAUGUAUCUUCCCGUGGCUCCUUUGGUGGGCUACCUUAUCGCGAAGAACGCCGACCACCUUUGGCAUGUCAUCCUCUCUGGCGCCGUGCUCACCGCCACAGGGAUGGUAUUGCGAUUGAUGCCCAACAUUUUAGGCUUGAGGGUCACCUCGCACGCCGCGCACGCCUGCGUUCAUCUGGGACAAGCGCUCAACGGUGCCGCUGGACCCAUGAACUGUGUGACCCCAUCCGCGCUGGCGGCGCUGUGGUUCCCUUCACACCAACGGGCAGUGGCCACCUCGGUGGUCUUUGCGAUCCAGAUGGCUGGCCCACCCAUUGGAUUUCUCUUUGGACUUCGUAUCUCCAGCAGCUCAGAUUUGGUGAUGCUCAUGGCCAUCGAAGCAGGCUUUGCGCUGGCCGUGGUCGUGGCCUGGGCCUUUUUGCCGUCCAAGCCAAAGGUGCCUCCCUCCAACAGCCAGGAGCUCCGUGCCACCGCCCAGUCGGUGGAGAGGAGGAGUGCAAGCCCGGUGUCACUUCAACGAUGGGCAUCUACUACCUUCUUAGUGCUUUCCGGCAGCUUUGUCAUUGGCGUCUUCCAAUGCUGGUCACCAGCCCUGCCCACGCAGCUGCAAGGGGUGCUCCCAGAGGCUCUACUGAAGUGGCUGGUGAUCAUCUCGGCCAGCGCCUCGGUCUUCGGCAACUUCGCCGCCCCUCCGCUGAUUGAAGCCUGGGGCCUUCAGUGGCGCUUGAAGAUGGCCUUGGCCGUCAUGCUUCUGGUGCAACUGGUGGCCUUUGGCAUUUUCACCGCUUCGCUCCCCGACAGCCCCGUGCCACUGUCCGGUGCUGUGACGAGCUCUCCGAGCUGGCUCAUCGCUUGGCUGGUGGUCGCGAGUGUGGCGGAAGGGGCCAUGGCACCGAUGGUGUACGAACUGAGUGCUGAAUUAACUUAUCCGCAUUCAGAAGGUGUCACUGGCGCUGCCUUCUCCUGGCUGUUGAACUUUUGGGGCUUUUUAUUGCUGUGGAUUUUUCCGUUGGUACCCUCCCGAUACGACUCCUUGAUGAUGACCGGUACCUGCAUCGUGUCCUUGCUGCUUCUUGCUGUGGUUCAUGCAGAGUAUCCUCGCAGAAGGUUGGAUGAGACAGAUUGUCAGACUACAGAGCUGUUGCCUUCUACCGGAGCUUGACGUUUGGUCCUCUGGCGGGCACGGUCCCUUUUUCUGCCCAGCUGCGCUCGGACCGCCGCGUCGCGCGGAAACCUGCAGAGCUCGGACGUGGGCGAUCCUUUCACGGUCGGAAGUGGAUCAAGUGACGGGUCUGUCGUGGGUAUCCUGCGAUGUUUCUUUCCACUUGAGUCUUUGGUAUAUCUUGGUAUCAAGCUCAGGACUCAGGACUAUCAACUGUCAACAUGGUGCAUCGUCCUUCCUACAUCUUUCUACUGAUGGCUGUUGAAGAAGAGUCUUCGAGAGUUUUAUCUACAUGGGUGAUUCUUCUCUUGGAGACGAGAUAAUUUAUCUAGACCCGAGAACUGCUG